ACGCGCCUGUCUGUCAGCCGAGCCGUAGAACAAGAUGGCGGACUCCUUAGCAGCGGCUCAGGGAGAGGAGAACGAACCGGAGAAAGAAGGCAAGGAGAGACGGAUGGAGGGAGGUAGUGAGAGCCGGGGCUCGAAGGAGACCUCCGAGGUGACGGAGACGCUGGGGUUUUACGACAAGAAGAAAGUCCAGAAGGACAAGAAACGGAGUCUGUCUGAUCUGUCCCUAGCGAGGUUCAUGGGGGCGGAGCUGACCCGAGGAUACUUCCUGGAACACAAUGAGGCUAAAUACACAGAGAGACGAGAGAGGGUCUAUACCUGCCUCCGGAUCCCCAAGGAACUAGAGAAGUUGAUGCUGUUUGGGUUCUUCCUGUGUCUGGAUGCCUUCCUGUACGUGUUCACCCUGCUGCCUCUCAGAGUUCUACUGGCCCUCGUCCACCUACUGACCCUACCCUGCUGUGGUCUGAGUGGGUCUCCUCUCCUCCAGCCAGCCCAGGUCUGUGAUGUGUUGAAGGGUGUCAUCAUGGUGUUGUGUUACAUCAUGAUGAGCUACGUGGAUUACAGCAUGAUGUAUCACCUGAUCAGAGGACAGUCUGUCAUCAAACUCUAUAUUAUCUACAACAUGCUGGAGGUUGCAGACAGGUUGUUCUCUUCGUUUGGUCAGGACAUUCUGGACGCUCUCUACUGGACCGCAACAGAACCUAAAGAGAAGAAGAGAGCUCAUAUAGGAGUUGUUCCUCACUUCCUCAUGGCUGUUCUAUAUGUCUUUCUUCAUGCUAUCCUCAUCAUGGUUCAGGCCACUACUCUGAACGUUGCCUUCAACUCUCACAACAAGUCUCUACUCACCAUCAUGAUGUCUAACAAUUUCGUGGAGAUCAAAGGAAGUGUGUUUAAGAAGUUUGAGAAGAACAACCUCUUUCAGAUGUCUAACAGUGACAUAAAGGAGAGGUUCACUAACUAUGUUCUGUUACUCAUUGUCUGUCUACGGAACAUGGAGCAGUUCUCAUGGAACCCUGACCACCUGUGGGUGCUGUUUCCUGACGUCGUCAUGGUGAUAGCGUCUGAGGUUACCGUGGAUGUCGUCAAGCACGCCUUCAUCACCAAGUUUAACGACAUCACUGCAGACGUCUACGGGGAGUACCGCGCCAGCCUGGCGUUCGACCUCGUCAGCAGCAGACAGAAAAACGCCUAUACAGACUACAGUGACUCAGUCUCCAGGAGAAUGGGCUUCAUUCCACUGCCUUUAGCUCUGCUGUUGAUCAGGGUGGUGACCAGCUCAGUGAAGAUCCAGGGAUCUCUCUCCUUCAUGUGUGUUCUUCUCUUCUAUCUGGGGAUGAUCUCUCUGAAGGUACUGAACAGUAUCGUGUUGCUGGGAACGUCCUGUGUGUUCGUCAAAGAAGCCAAUAUGGAGGAGAAGCUGUUCCAGUCUCCCCCCUCUGCUGCCUCCAGCCGCUCCAACUCUAGAGCACACAGACCCACACACACCACCCCCCCAGGUGAGCCAAUCGUAGAAGAGGGGGUCGUGUCUUCAGCGUCAGUCACUUGUCAGCCAACCAACCACCAGCAAGAGAGUCCCGCCUCCACUCUGCCAACCAGCCAAUCAGACGAUCACUUCCUGACCACGCCCGACGGCGAGGACGGCGACAAGGACAUCUCCGCGGCAACGGGAGAGGAAGGAGAGGGGCUUAAACAUAGAAACCCCGCCCCCAAGAAAGACCUAUUGGAGAUCGACCGCUUCACUAUCUGUGGAAACCGCAUCGACUGACACACACACACACACACACACACACACACACACACACACACACACACAAUUGACUGGCUGAUACCAUGGCAACAAGAGACUGGCCAGGGGUUAAGAGGUCGUGCACUCAGAUGGACUCGCAGGACUGAACUCUGGGUAUUUUAUUUAUUAACAACGCGGCUGUUAUGUCAGCUGUCGUAGUGAGGUCGUAACACUACGUGAAGCUCCUUAAGGAUCCUUACAGCUGGACUAUGAAGCGUUAAGAAGACACUCUGAUGAUGAUGAUGGUGUUUAACACAAACUGACCGGUUGGUUUUUCCUUUAAAGAUGUUUUGUCAAUUUGUAAAAAAAAUUAAAAUAAAGACAAAAAUGUCAUUUUAACAGUACAUUUAACCAUUAAUCUGCUCCAGGAGAGUGAUGACAACGAACCCCACACACACAAACUCUCUCACCAUCUGGUUGGUUCCCCCCACAGACUCUCUCACCAUCCUGUGUAACUGAACUGUGUUGAAUGCCCCUUUAAGACUCACACUACGUGACAUCACACUUCCUGGAGGAAGUUCACACCCCUUGACUCUAUUCCACAUGUUGUUGUUGUUACCGUCUGAAUUUAUAAUGACUAUAUGUUGGGUCCCUGGGUGACACACAACACCCCAUAAUGUCAUAGUGGAAUUAUGUUGGUCUACAUUUUUAACAAGUUCAUUAAAAAAGGAAAAGCUGAAAU